CCUGCCUCAUCCACAGAUUUGUUUAUGCUGGAAUCUAUUGAGGAAGACGUAAUAUUAAAAAGACUGUUGCGCCAUUAACAAGAAUAUUUGUUUGAUACUGGCGGAUUGAGCUCCUGAGAGCCGAGGCUCUGUGUUAGAUAGAUGAAAGCUUUUUGAUGUUCAGAGAGACGUAGAGCGCGGCUCGUUCAUUGAUUCUGAGAAUAAUCUAGGAUAACGGUGUUAUUCACACUCCCGAAGUGCUUCUACUAACCACAGGAAAUACGGGUAGUGACUCCCUCAAACGAAAAACCCUGACACGCCAUGUAAGGAUUCGGAUUCAAAACAACAAAGAACCACAUCUAAGAUCAUUUUCUUGAAUUUCGAGUCACACGCAAAGUAAUCGCCAACAUGGAGGGUUCCGAGGAACUUUUUUUCCCGAAUAUGUCGUUCCCUUUCCACCUCGCUUUUAUGUAUCCUUUCCCGGAGGCGUACUACGUAAAUGGAUUCGUUUCCCCCGUUCUAAUUUUCUUCACUCUGGUGACAAAUAUCUUCGUAGUACUCAUUCUUCUUCGGAGGCACAUGCGCUCACCCACUAACGCUAUCCUGGCUGCCAUGGCAAUUUCUGACACAUUCACUGGAAUUUCACCGCUUCCUGUAUUCAUUCACUUCUUUUCUCUGGAGAACUACGAGGAGUUUGUGGAAUAUCACUGGUGUUACCUCUACAGGUUUCUCGGCGAGCUUAUUCCGACCAUCUUCCACACAUCCUCGAUCUGGCUAACGGUGACGUUGGCCAUUCAACGUUACGUUUACAUCUGUCACACAGCUACCGCCAGAAGAUUUUGUACCAUCCAAAAUGUCGUCAUUGGAUCUUUCAUAAUCUACUUUCUUGCCAUACUGUCACAUAUUGCGCGUUUCUUUGAUUUUGAAUUCAUCCCUUUUCCCAUGUUUUCACCUAACGCACCAAACAACACAAUUGUAACAUGCAUCGAGCAAAUUACUCCGUGGGUCGUCCAAAAUGAGGACUUGUAUUUCAAUCUCUACUUCUGGUUCCGGGCGAUUUUCAUUCAUCUUGUCCCAUGCACUAUCCUAGUGGUGAUAAACUCGAUACUCAUAUGGACACUUCGAACAGCUCAAAAACGAAGAAUGCAGCUUCUUAAACAAAACAAAAGGAGCGAAUCCAUGAAAUUGAAGGAUAACAACUGUACAACCCUAAUGCUGGUAUGCGUGGUGGGCUUGUUUUUACUUGUUGAGUUACCUCUGGGUAUAAUUGUGAUUUUGCAUCUCAUCCAAAACAAUUUUGAACUUAAUUUCAUGUCAAGCGAGACAUUCAAAUUAUUGUCCCUAAUUUCAAACACAUUUAUUUUACUAUCUUAUCCGCUGAAUUUUUUCAUUUAUUGUGGAAUGAGCCGCCAAUUCAGAGAGACAUUUAUGGGAAUGUUUGCAAGGUUUUCGAUACCAAUAAAUAAGGAAUGUUCGAAUUACGCAUCUAUUCCUUCAGAGAAUGGAAAGAACAACGCUGAAACCACAAGGGAAACCAUGUUGUGAAGGGUGUCAGAAAUUAAAUGUGUUAGAAGGAAUUAUUAUUCAGAUGUGCAAGUCUGCCAAUGUUUUAUAGGCCAAGUAGUAACCAGUCAAGAAAUGCACCUUUCCGUGUGAAAUGAUGAUUCGAUGCUUCUAACACUUAGCGUAGAAUGCGUACAUUUAGAUAUGUAUUUUUAGAUGAAUAUGUACAUGAAUUAUCAAGUAAAAGAAAAAAAAAACUGUUAACAAAACGCAAAGUUGACGUAGUAAGAUCAAAAAGUCAGUCGUGAAUAGUUAAAUAUCUAUAUAGUGAUGUAA